AGUCACGUGGUAAAAGCGUGCAAUGUUUCCUUUCAGUGAUAAGUGUCGUAAUCAUAAUAGAGAAGUUUUAGUUUCGGUUACGGUUACGGAGAAACUGAAAUUAAAGAUAGAGUUUUAAACUUAUUCUAACUAAUAGAAUUUUUAAUUGGAUAUAUCGACAGAUACUGAAUUAACCGGAAGAAGAAAGAAAUGGAAGAAACAUUUGAGGAUUUUGUUAUUGUUGAUCGAGCAGCUAGACUUUUUAACAACAAUCAUCUUAGUGAUGUAACAGUUAUAACUGGAGAAGGGGCAAAUCAAAAAUCUUUUCCUGCCCAUAGUCUUAUUUUAAAAAUUUCUAGUCCAAUGUUUGAAGAAAAACUUCAAGGUGAAAAAGAACUGAAAUUUCCAUCUGUCAAUCCUUCAGUAAUGGAAGCUGUUUUAAAAUACAUUUAUGCUGAUAGUUUACCUGAUAUUUCAAGUGAUGUUGCCAUUGAAACUUACAGUACUGCUGACUAUUUUAUGUUGCCUCAUCUUAAAACUCUUUGUUGUGAUCACUUGCUCAAAAUUCUCUCUCCAAGUAAUGCAGUGGAGAUUUUUGAAUUUGCUUACGAAAGUGGAGUUCCUUCAAUACUCAGUAAAAGUGCAGUAACAUUAUUUAAAGAAACUGAUAAGGUCUUAAAAAGUAAUGGGUUAAGUAAAAGUAAUGUUUCACAAAAUACAGUAAUGAAAAUAAUAUUAAAUGCUUCUCCUGUAGAUGAAAAAACAUUACUGAGACAAAUUAUAGAAUGGGCAAUCAAUAAAAAUGAUAAAUUGGAAGAUCUAUUAAAGCCACUUAUUCCACAUUUUUGUUUAAGUGCCAAAGAAAGGAUGGACAUUUUAUUGUCUUACUCCUUAACCUCCGAAAAAUGCAGUAAUCUUAGCAAACUUAAUAGUACAAAUCAGUUAGAAAGUCAAUCAAAGCAUGGAGAAAAUCUAAUUCCUCUAAAUCUCCAUUCAAGAAAUUAUAACAAACUGGAACCACUGAAGAAAGAUGAUACAUUUACCAUUGUAUUCUAUACCGAAUUAGAUUGUUUUAUUGAAGCAAUAGCUCUACCCAUCAUUUCAAAGGUGAAGACAUUCUACACAGUACAGUUUGAGAUUAAUUUUGCAGAUUUAAAUUCAAAACAAAACUUUGAGGUUCCGUCAACACCCCGAAUCUUUUUACAGUGUGAAACAGAUGACCUCACAAAAUUCCGACUUCAUUAUCCAUUAUUUGUUAAGAAAAGAAAUCCAGUAAAGUUAAAAAUUGUAAACCUUGAAAAACAACUUAAUGGUUUAGAUAUAAUUAGACAUCAGAAAGUCAAUGGUCAAUUUGAAUGGAAUGAGGAAUCAAUUGCUUAUAUUCCUAAUUAUCACAGUGAAGAUGAUUCGAACCAUUUCCAAAUUAGUGGUCUGCUUUUGCGUCUGAUUGAGUGAUAAUGUAUGAUUUUUAUAAAAUUCUUAUUUGCAUAAAGACAACAUAACCCAGAUUAUCUUCAUUUGAAGCUUCAGAAGACUUACAUAAAAAAAUAUAUAAUUUUUUUCAAGUGUACUCUUUUUAUCCUUUUCACAAUCUAACUUUAGUUGUAUCUUCAAGCCAAUUUGCUGUUACUUCUGAGUUGGAUUGUGAAAAGGAU